CGUCACCAGGCCACAUUCCACCCUCUGCCAUUGGAGAGAUACCACGCGCGUUUCGGUCGCAAAGUUGUGAAAUUAUUGUGACAUAAAUUACGAGAGACAAUUUUGUUGUGAGUGCAUUACAUCAUUGGAGGAUAACAUUUUGUGCAGUGUUAUUGUGAAUUAGUGACAAUUCGCCCUUACACAAGGGAGUUGAGUGAAAUUUGUGAAAUUCAGGAAUUGAAGAGCAUCCGUUUAUCCAAAAUGUACAAGGAUUCAGUUGUUCCCGUAAAAACGGAAACCUUCAGCGGCAUAGCGGCUAAAAGCCCAAUUGGCCAAAACAUCAAAGAAGUACUGAGGCGGGCUUGUGCUGAGAAAAGGCUGACUGUGGGCCUCCUGCCGGCCAUCCAGUACCUCUCCAAGACCUGUCAAGGGGCGCUGUUCUGCCUCACAGUGGAGGCGCCCCCUGGCGACAACGCCACGCACAUGCAGGAGGUGUUACUACAAGCCUUCUGCGUCGAAAACGACAUUUAUGUCAUUAAGGUGGACUCAGAGGCCAAACUGAGGAAGAUGUUGGGAGUGUGCUGCUCCACGAUGGACUUCAGCUGCAUACUGGUCCACUACCCCUACACGGACCCGUUUAGCGACUCGCAAGAGUUCGACCUAUCCGUCCUCUCACAGUCCGAGAGAGAUUUGAUCGAGCACUGCGAAUCAAAUUGGGGAUAUUCACAGAUUCCAGUCAUCAAGUUGCCUGAGAAGUGAAUUUUUUAAGAAAAAAAUUGGAUUUUAAUGAUUUUUUGAUGAUAGACGACCUCAGCGUCGCUUUUAGGGCCAGGCCAGGGUCCUGCGUAUCAGUAUGUUUCUAUAUCGUACGGAUUCUUAGUUUGUGAGAUUGUUAUCUUGUAGACUACGCCUAAUGGCUGGAAUUUGUAAUUAGAAUAACUGUAUAUUGGAUGAUGUUUCGAAGAUGUUUUGUAAUUUUGUAAUAAAUGUAAUAAAAUUGUAUAUGAUGUA